AUGGAAGAAGCAAGCGGUAAUGUGUUCAGGAAAUCUGGGCGUGGAGAUUUGUUAAGAACAAGGGCAAUCCGAAGAGCUAGCGAUGCAGAUCAUAGGCUGAGACUGAGCCAAUUCAAGAUUCUCAAGGAAACAGGCCGCCAUGGCAUGGGAACACAGUAUUUGGCACAACUUCGAGGCACCCAAAUUUACUACUCCAUGAAAGUCAUGGACAAGCAUCAACUUGCAAGCCAAGGAAAGUUAAAAAGCGCCCAGAAUGAAAAGGAAAUCCUGCAAAUGCUUGAUCAUCCAUUCGUACAGCCUUUGUAUUGUUAUUUUGAGACUGAAACUUCCUUUUAUGCAGUCACAGACUAUUGCCCUGGUGGAAUUAACCUUUGUACCCUUAGGGAAUUGUAUCCUGGAAACUAUUUUCCCGAAGACACGGCAAGGUUCUAUGCAGCAGAGGUGCUUAUAGCUCUGGAAUAUCUACAUCAACUUGAAGGAAUAGUUUACAGAGAUCUCAAACCUGAAAAUGUCUUCAUAAGAUCAGAUGGGCAUAUUAUGUUGAUGGAUUUUUCUUCAUCUGUGAUGUGUACUUUGGACCCUUACCUGGUCACAGAUUGCACUCCUUGUUCCUCAAAUUACUCGGGCGUGCAGAAGCUAUUUAGAUGUUUGCCAUUUUUACCUGCAAAGAUAUGUAACCGUUUAUGUCGGAGAAAAAGUGCAGUGGAUUGCAGGAGAAAGAGCGUGCGGGAAUUUGUUGCAGAGCCUAGAAGUGAGGGAGAUAAUCUUAUUGGAAGUGCUAUGGACUUGUGGACUUUCGGAGUGUUUUUGUAUGAAUUGUUGUUUGGACAGAUGCCGUUCAAAAUUGGGCAUGGUGAAUGCAGAUAUUACUAUUACAAUGCAGUAAGAGAGACCUUGAGAUUCCCGAGAAUUCCUUCUGUUAGCGAGGAAGCCAUGGAUUUGAUCAAGGCGUUAUUGGAGCCUUCUAGUAAGGAAAUGCUUGAGAUGAAGAACGUCAAAAGACAUCCUUUCUUUCGCACUAUUUCUUGGAACCGCAUCCUAUCCAUUACUCCUCCGUUUGUACCACCAGAAUGA